AUGAUGGGGAUAAAGCACCUUCUGCUUCUUUUGAUUUACUUAGACCCACUGAAUGUCCUGUGCUCCGCCACCGCCAACAAGAAGACCAGAACCCCGCCGAGGAGGCCCCCAAAGGUGAAGGAGGUCAACGGCAGCUCCACGGCGGUCCCGGCGGCCGCGGCCGUCCCGGGGAAGAUCACGCAGCUCCAGGCUCCCUCGGUCGUCCAGCACGACACCUGCCUGGGCUACUACGACGUGAGCGGGCAGUACGACAAAGAGUUCGCCUGCAACAACACCGACCACCGCUUCUGCUGCGGCAGCUGCUUCCUGCGCUUCUGCUGCGCGGACCGGGGGAAGCGGUUGGAGCAGAGGAGCUGCACCAACUACAACACCCCGGACUGGAUCAAAACCCAGCCCCCGUCUCCGGCGCCUACAGGCGACACGUACGACCCGGAGCUGGACCAGACCAACGCCACGGUGUACAUCACCUGCGGGGUCAUAGCGCUCAUCAUUGCCAUUGGGAUUUCUGCAAAAGUUGCCUAUGAUAAAGCCACCAAGCCUCCUCAGGAAAUGAAUGUUCACAGAGCCCUGGCAGACAUUCUGAGGCAACAAGGACCAGUUCCAAUAUCUCAGUAUGAAGAUGAGAACAUUGCAGCAUUUGACGGGUCACCCAAAGACGAAACACCAGUCAGAACCUCGAAGAAUCAUUACACACCUGUUCACGCCAAGCCCUCCAACCACGGCCACUAUGGGAAAGAGAACCUUCGCAGCGGAGGCCAAGACAUGCACAACUUCAUCUCCUCUGGGUUUGUGACGCUUGGACGUGGCCACUUAAAAGCGCAGCACUCCAUAGACGAAUCGCAGAUGUCCUGGCAGGGCGAUCUGGACAUCCCCAUGUCCUACGGAAACCACCACCACGACUAUCAGCACAGCCACCUGGAUCUGACAGCGCUCACACCUAAACUAGCCCACCGACAAAUGAGAUACGAAAGACCCCAGCGGAUGAACAACAUCCUGACCUCAGCCACAGAGCCCUACGACGUGUCCCUCUCCAGAUCCUUCCAGAACCUCAGCCAUCUGCCGCCCUCCUACGAGCUAGCCCUCAAGCCUGACUUAAGUAAAUACUCCUCCUCUCUGCACAGAUUAAUUGAUAAGGAUGUGGAGGAGUACUACACAAGGAAGCAUCAUCAUCCUGACUUCGGUGGCCGGGGACCGACCCACAUGGUGAAGCUGAAUGCUGAUCCUGUGCAGCAUCAGCAGCACCAGCAGCACCAGCAGCACCAGCAGCAUCAGCAACAUCAGCAGCACCAGCAGCACCAGCAGCAGCAGCAGCAACAGCAGAGGCAGCGGCCCCGCAGAGUCCAGAGGGCUAUGUCCCAGGACCACGUCCUGUCUCCUCCCAGGACACCGCGACGCGGAGACUAUGGCUUAUCUUCAUAUGGCGUCAUGGCAGCCGCUGCAUAUGGAAGCAGCCGACACCUCUCAGAGGAGCAGCUGCUGUCAGCGGACCGCCUCCUUUCCCAGGAUCCCUUGCUGUCCCCGGCAAUGAGGCGUGACAAGUUCCGGGAGAAGGCAAUGUCACGUGCCAUGUCUCACGCUGACAUGCUGAUGCCAACCACGCCGGUCAUGGACCGCCAUAAGAUAGCGAAGAUGCACUCUCAACCCAGUGCCUCUAAUGAUUCCUACAACACACUGACGGUCAACCACCAAGCGCCCACGUCUAAGAGGCAGGCGUUUGCCUCCCGACGAACACACACAGUGGACCACCUACAGUACAUUCCCGGCCACCACCACACAUACCGCACUGCCAGUAAGAACGAGGUAACUGUUUAACCACUAAGUAGAAGGAAUCCUUUGACACACCGAGGACAAUUAUCACGUUAGAACAGCCUCCUGCAUUAAACACUUCCUGCUUUUUAGCACAAGCUUCCUGUGUCAUCCAUAUUUUGGGGUAACUAGAAUCCACCCUAGCAAAGACUUUUCUCUCUUAGAGCAUCAUAAGGGCUUUGAGUGUUGACACAGAGGGAUCCUUCAUGUCAAACAAGUGACAGUGUGAAGAAAAUAUUUUUUAAAGAGGACAUCGGACUGGAAGGGAAUUGUAUCAACUUUAUAAAUAUAUAAAUAUAUUUACUAUUUGUAUUUUCAGUCCUUGUUAUAGCUUUAGAGAUUCUUAUUGACUCAUGUAAGCACUACAAAUGGUGCCUCUAAAAAUCGUCCCAUUUCAGUGAUGGAGUGGAUUUGUGGGUUAAAAAGCACAAUUAAUGAAUUCACUUUUGUUCGUUUAGUUUUACUCUCUUCUUUGAUUUAAAAAUGGCCAGAACAUAUCAGCUCAUUAGUGAAAACAGAGGUUAUUUCUGUUGCAUACAAUAGAUGAUUGUAAAUAGGCUAUAUUAGCAGCAUUCAAAGAAAAAAGCUGGUCCUUUGGCCUUAUUAUUUAAGUGUUUCUUCUCCCACCUGGAAUCUAUAAUGGAUUCAUAAUUUUUUUUUUUUAUUCUAGAUAAGUCAAAGAUCUCAAAUAAAUAUUUCCACGAAUAUCAAAGAAAUAUGUGGCUCUAAUAUGUAUAAGGGGAAUUUUUGUUUUCUUUCUUAACUGUGCUUGUAGCAUAGAGCGGUUGUGUAUGAAGUAUCCUCUCACUCCUAUCGUUUGGCACCUUCAGUCUGCAGAUGUUGAUCCACAGAUUAAAAUGGUUGGUUUUUAUGGUUGGAUUUGUUGAAUUUACCUAAUUUCUUACUUCUUACUUCAUUACUUUUGCGUCCGUGUGUUGACUCUCGCCUGCCCACCCUGCUUUAUUUGUGAUUGGCCAGCUGCCUUCAUCUCUACAUAUCAGGUAAUCUGUGUCGGAAACUAAGCGGCGUAUAGGUCCAGUCGUAGUUUUGUGCCGAUGUGAUGACUGAAACAAUCAAUACUGAAGAGAACGUCAUAACUGCUAGUCAAUCAAGCAUUAUUUAAAACUGUGAACUGUUUGUCCAAAUGUUUUCAUUAAAGCAAUGCCUUAUUUUAUCGAAUCCCAUAUGCUCUUAAUUGCAACAAUCAUGCUUUUGUCUCGUCUCUUUGUCUUAGCUCAUUGUGCAACAUUCCUGACUGUGAUUUACCAGCAGAACCAGCAGUAAAAGCCUGUUCAGCGAUAGAUGAUACGGUACAUACAGUAUACCUCGAAAAGACUCAAUUCAAUUGCAGAAGUCUAAAACUCUUAAAACUAAAACAAUCGGUACAAAUAGGAACAUCAUAUUCUUAUUGGAAAUUUGCUCAACUACUGUCAUUACAUGAAUUAGAUUUGUUUCACAUUUACAGGCUUGUAUGCAGUGCUUUUGUUUUAAUUUUAUCAGUCAGAUGACUUGGAAAGUAGAAGUCUUCAUGGUUCCGCUUGUGUCCUUGUAAUCGAGGCCAUUCCGGGUUGGACAGAUUCUAAAUAUUAGUCAGUGUUUUCAGGUUGGGUAGAAUGUCUUCAUUAUGUCUAGUCCCUCAGAGGGUCCCUUUCGGACUCCCUAUCAGCUACAUGGUCACAAUAUUUCAUUAUCAAAGUUAAUAGAUGGAUAAUCAUGGUGCUGGAGGCAACACAUUAUUUGAAGAUCUGAAGCAAGUCUCAAAAAGUCCCAACUCAAGAUUUGAUCAGAUACCCUAUCAAGACAGUUCAGUCCAAACUCAAGGCAAUUCAGAAUUGAGCAGUCCCAAGGUGAGGCGAUUUUGUCCCAAGUCAAGGCAAAUGAAAACUGAGUAGUCCUAAGGUAAGAUGAUUCAGUUCCAAGUCAAGACAGUUCAGGCCCAACUCAAAUCCAUGUUAUGUCAAGUCCUAGCAAGUCAAUGCAAUUUAGUGAUAAUUAGGUGACAGGUCAGGUCCCCAGUCAAUGAAAUUCAGAGCCAUGCAGUCCCAAAUCAGAACAAUUAAAUCCCAAGUACCAAAUCAAUCCUGUUUCAAAUUCCAUGUGAAAUUACUUCAGUCCCUCGUCAAAUCUCGAGUCCAAUUAAUUCAGUCCCAAGUCAAGAACAUUGAGUCCCAGGUGAAGCCUCAAGUUAAGAUAAAUUAAUUCAGAGUCAAAAAUUAGUCAAGUCAACUAAGUCUCUUUCGUCCCUGGUAAAAUCCUAUAUCAAGACGACAAACAAAGUCCAAUUGAUUUUGACCUGUGAACAACUCUAGAGUGUAAAACAGUGUUCAGGAGGGAAAUCUUCCUUAUUGUAGACUCUCACCGUCAAUUCUAAAUAUCAGAAUAUAAUAUCAUUUUGGUUCAAGAAAAACAUCAGGGACAUUGCUGGUUCUUCAGAUAUAUAAUUAGAUGGCUACUGUACUUUAAAAAGCUGAAUACAAUUGUUUAUCUGUGAUCAGAACUGUGGCAGCAAAGCAAUGUCUCAAAACACAUAAUUAUUUGUUGAAAUGCGCUCACACAAUGUUGCAUGUUUUUGUUUGUCAACUGUCAUUUACUGACAGCGAAGGGAUCAGAAAAGUCGUCCAAAUCUCUCUUGAGUUUAAAUAAUUUAUUUCUCGAUGUUACACUUUAAUUUAUAUUAAAUGAUGUCAAUUAGAGAUCAUCUUUUCCCCAAAAUUCUUGUUGUGUACAUAGUUUAUUUUUUUGGAGAGUGCUUGUUAGGUAAUGAAUUGCAUUUUAUAGCUAUGGGUAAAAGAAGGGGUGUUAAUGGUUUAGUAGACUACAAAUACAACUUUCCUUGCCAAGGCUCAGCUGAUCACACUUUCUGCUCCUUCUUUUCACUUAAUUAAUAAUGAUGUCAUCCCAAGAGCCUUUUUCUCAAUGUGCAAUAUUUCCUGUUUAUGCAGUAUAACUUUAUAGCCACUUUUUAAAAUGUUGUGAGGUUCAUUUGCUCUCAUAAAGGCUUUGUUUUCCUUGCUCUUCAUGUUUUUUUUAUAAUACAGCUAAAUGUGGUAUGAAUGAAAACAGGUGUCAGUGUAAUUGCACAAAUAACUGAAUACUAAUUGAAAAGCUUCAAAACAACAAAUAUUGACUUCUUGUGCAGUUUUCUGUUUGUUUUCAAAUCAUUAAUGCACAUCCUCUGUAUAUUGUAUACAUCAAUUAAAAUGGUAUCACA